AUGAAUUUACUGUGGAAUGGCGAGAAGACCGAAGCUUUUACGCCUUCACGAGGCCUUAGGCAGGGAGAUCCGAUCUCUCCUUACCUGUUUGUCCUCUGCAUGGAGAGUCUCUGUCAUUUGAUCGAGCACUCGGUGGAUUCUAAGGAAUGGAAGCCAAUAAGCCUUUCACGUGGAGGUCCGAAGCUUUCACAUAUAUGCUUUGCCGAUGACCUUAUCUUGUUCGCGGAGGCUUCGGUAUCACAGGUUCAGGUCAUAAGGAAGGUCUUGGAGACGUUCUGUAGUGCUUCAGGUCAGAAAGUGAGCUUGGAGAAAUCUAAGAUCUUUUUCUCUGGGAAUGUGUCUCGGGAGCUGGAAAUGGCAAUUAGUGAUGCAAGUGGGAUUUAG